AUGCUGUUUGGGUGGCUUCUACAUGAUACCAAUAAAGCGAGUCGACCUUCUUUGGUCCAACCCCCUUACUUGAAGGGAUUGGGCCCUCCGUUUGUGGUCAAUGAGCACUCUAUCGGCAUGGCGGCAAUAAUCGCCCUUGCAUCUAGCACCCGAGCCGAAGUUACAUACAUCAAACCCCAUUAG